AUGCACGCAAGUACGAGACCUUUGGACAUUUCCAGAGACAGGACGGAGAUCAAAACGGAAGGUUUUACCGUUAAGUCAACCAUGAAGAACUCUGUGGUGGUGGGUCCACCAGUGGCAGGGGCUUUCCGCGAGCGUCCAGCCAAUCCCACGGCCUUCCGCAAGUUCUAUGAGCGCGGAGACUUCCCUAUCGCCCUGAAGCAUGACACCAAAGGCAAUCGGAUCGCUUGGAAGGUGGAUAUUGAGAAACUAGACUACCACCACUAUCUGCCUCUGUUCUUUGACGGGCUCUGUGAGACAGUUCACCCCUAUGAGUUCUUCGCCCGCCAGGGUGUGUGGGACAUGCUCACGCAUGGAGGCACCAAGAUCUUGCCCGUUGUUCCCCAGCUCAUCAUUCCGAUCAAGAAUGCCCUUAACACAAGGAACCGUCAGGCGAUCUGCACCACGCUGAAAGUCCUGCAGCAUCUGGUGUUAUCUGGAGACAUGGUGGGAGAGGCCCUGGUGCCCUACUACAGACAGAUCCUCCCCAUCCUCAACAUCUUCAAGAACAUCAACAUCAACUCUGGAGAUGGCAUUGACUAUGGCCAGCAGAAGAGACAGAACAUCGGCGACCUGAUUCAGGAGACUCUGGAGGUGCUGGAGCUUGGAGGCGAGACUGCCUUCAUCAACAUCAAAUACAUGGUGCCCACCUACGAGUCCUGUAUGCUCAACUGAGAGGCGCCCAGCACAGCAUGAACACAACACUUCCGCCUCUCUAUUACGCUCCCUCCUGCUCGCGCUCUCUCUCUGCUUACCCUAGCGUUAUCUCAAAACCCUUUCCUUCUCUUAACCUCUUUAUCACUUUACCAUUUCCUCAACAUCAACCCCACCCCUGUUGGCCUCCGUUCACAUCCUUUGCACCUUUAGUACCUGUCUCACCCUGUCUAAGUCUGUUCUACCUAGCUAGCUCUGUUGUGCCUGAGUCAAAUCCCCUCUCUCCUCACAUGCUGCAUUUUGACCUCUAUUAAGUAUACUUCAGCAA